AUGAAGAGUGUGAUGAGGUUUGGGAAAAAUGGCAAGCUUAGCCUGAGGUUCAUUAGUCCGUUUAAGAUUCUCAAAGGUCUGGGGGAGGUGGCUUACAAGUUGGCUUUACCUCCGGGGUUAUUGGGCGUUCAUCUGGUGUUCUAUGUGUCGAUGUUAAAGAGGUACCAUGGUGAUGGUUUCUAUAUCAUUCGUUGGGAUUCGGUGUUGUUAGACGAAAAUCUGUCAUAUGAGGAAGAGCCCAUUGCUAUCUUAGACAGGGAUGUCCACAAGUUGAGGUCUAAUGAAAUAGCCCCUGUAAAAGUUCAGUGGAAGAAUCAACCAGUCGUAGAAGCCAAUUGGGAAACAGAUGCGGAAGGAACAAUGGAUUUGGUUGAUGUCUUGAUAGUGAGUUUAUCUCAAGAAGGUGCCAAAUCUAAAUCACUGGCUUUGUUUAAAGACCUUGUAUUAUCCCCUUCCUCAAAUUGUUGCUGA